GCAGAAUAAACGAGCGUGCAAGCGCUGCUGGGCUGGUGUCAGUCACCUGAGCAAGGAAGAGAGAUGGCCACGCUGCCUCGCGAGGGCGCCGCGGCGGCGGACUCCGACCAGCUUUUGGUAGAAGCACAUGGCUCUACACGAACGCUGAUUUUGAAUAGGCCAAAGCAGCUCAAUGCACUCUCCUCUGAAAUGAUUAAAGGUCUCCUAUGGUAUUUCACAGCUUUUGAGAAAGAUGAUGGAGUCAGAUUGUUGAUUAUGAAGGGGAAUAGAAGAGUAUUUUGCUCUGGAGGUGAUAUUGCUCAAUGUGCCCGGUGUUUAUAUAAUGGAAACUGGAAAUGGGUCGAUGAUUUCUUCCAAAAUGAAUAUUUGCUAAAUUACAUCAUUGCGACUUACAUAAAACCUCAGGUUUCCAUUCUUAGUGGAAUUGUCAUGGGUGGAGGAGCUGGUGUUUCAAUACAUGGAAGAUUUCGAGUUGCCACUGAUAACACGAUUUUUGCAAUGCCAGAAACAGCUCUAGGCCUCUUUCCAGAUGUAGGGGCCUCUUAUUUUCUAUCUCGGCUACCAGGGUUCUAUGGAGAAUAUGUUGGUCUAACUGGUGCCAGAUUGGAUGGUGCGGAAAUGCUUGCCUGUGGCCUGGCAACUCAUUUUGUCCCGUCAAAGAGGUUGCCAUUGCUUGAGGAAUCGCUUAAAAAGCUGGACACGUCCAGUACUUUUGCUGUGUCGGGUAUUAUCGACCAGUUUUCACAGAGGCCAUUAGUGAAAGAUAGCAGCUCUUUAAAUAGGAUGGAAACCAUCAACAAAUGCUUCUCCAAAAGGACAGUUGAAGAAAUCAUAGAUGCUCUUGAACAAGAAAUCUCAAAUGUUUCAGACAAAUGGGUUGCUGCAACAAUCAAGUCCCUGAAAAAGGCUUCCCCCACCAGCCUAAAAAUUUCUCUGAGAUCGAUAAGAGAAGGGAGAACACAAACUCUUGGGGAGUGCCUGCGUCGGGAAUAUAGAGUGGUUUGCCAUGUCCUGCGUGGCACCUUCAGCCGAGACUUGUCUGAGGGAUUUAGGGCUGUGCUACUAGAAAAAGACAACAAGCCAGAGUGGAUUCCUCCAAGGUUGGAACAAGUUCCUGACGAGGCAGUUGAGCAAUAUUUCUUGAGAAUUGAUGAUCCCCAGUGGGAAGAUCUGAACCUGCCUGCGAGACUUCCCCACCGAAGAAAUAUUGAGUCCAAGAUUUGAUUGAGGUCUUGGACGAAGAGUGAGCCUCGGUCAGGAUAACUCGUCAACUCAUGUUUGAAGUUGUGUGCGGAAUGUUGACGACGAUUGAUAAAUAAUAAACGCGGACUGAAUAUAUGUCUUAUAAGUUCACGUUUAUCGCUAAAUAAUUUUUGUUGCUUUUGUGUGAAGUUGUACCUGUUAGCCUUGUUCGGUUACAGGGAUGAAAUUCUACCAUAGAUAUAAUUCGGGUCUAGAUUGGAUGAAUCGAUACCUCACCCAAUCAUAUGGUAAGAUUAAAUCCAUCAUUUAAUACAUACACCUCCCAAAA